AUGGAUGCCGCGAGACCGGCGGACCUAGAGUAUCCCGCAGAAAGGUCUAGCCCACCAGCGGCAUCUCUCGACACCACCACCGCAUCCUUAGCCUCAUCCUCCUCUUCUCCAACACUCCUCGACUCCUUCUCGCGCAAGCACACCUACCUUCGUCUCUCCCUCACAGAACGAUGCUCCUUUCGCUGCGUCUAUUGCAUGCCACCGUCCGGUGUUCCUCUCACCCCCAAGCCUCAUCUUCUGACCACACCGGAAGUGAUGCGGAUAGCGAAAGCCUUUGUGGAGAUGGGCGUCAAGAAGGUCCGCUUGACGGGCGGAGAGCCGCUGUUACGGAAGGACGUAGCAGAGAUCGUGCGGAAGCUCAGAGAUGACCUGGACGUGCGAGAGAUUGGGCUAACCACCAAUGGGUUGGUGCUGGAGAGGAUGCUUCCAGAGCUAGUGAGCUCGGGGCUCACCCACGUCAAUAUCUCCAUCGACUCGUUGCGCCACGAUCGGUUUGCAGAGCUGUCCCGCAUGCCUGGAAAGACGCUGGAUAAGAUCAUGAGCGCCAUUCGGGCUGCUCUGAGCAUUCGGAAGGAGCAGACCGAUGGUGGUCUGGACCCUAGCAAGGCUCUGAAGAUCAAGCUCAAUGUGGUGGUGAUGAAGGGACGCAAUGACGACGAGGUAGCCGACUUUGUAGACCUCACAAAAAACAUGGAUCUUGACGUGCGCUUCAUCGAGUACAUGCCCUUCUUCUCCAAUUCCUGGUCUACCUCUCUACUCGUCCCUUCUUCGGACCUUCUCUCCUCCCUCUCCGCCCGUCAUUCGAACAUCGAACGUCACGUCGACUCAGCAAAUGAUACCACACGCCACUAUACGAUACCCAACCAUCGCGGUAGAUUCGGCUUCAUCUCGAGCAUGACAGACCACUUUUGUGGCAGCUGCAAUCGAGUCAGAGUACUGGCAGACGGCGGUAUGAAGGUCUGCCUGUUCGGAGAUGGUGGUAAGGGUGAAGUGAGUUUGAGAGAUGCCAUUCGUCAGUCGCCGCCUGCCUCUGCCGACGGAGAAGAUGCCGACUUGCCUCUCAAGCAGCUCAUCUCCCUCGCUCUGGAUAAGAAGCACUUCAAGCACGCCGGGCUACGCAACCCUCUUGAGAUCUGGCAAGCAGCAGAGGGCAGGAAAGGCGGUGAAGAGACUUCCGGAGAUGCACAGCAGCAUGGAGAUUUGGUGCGGUAUCCUCGCCCCCAAAGACGGACAUCACCGAUACAGAGAAGCUGGGGUGUACAGCUAGCGACAUCGAUUACGGCUCUAUCUGCCUCCGAGAGGCUGCAGAAGAGAUCGCGGGCACUGGGACUCGGUAGCCCCAAUUUUCUGCCCGGUCUUUUCAAGGCACAACGGCUGCGUCUAUUCAGCUCGACGUCUUCAGCCUCGAAUCAAGGCGUCUUACGCAGUGACGAGGUAGAAGAGGACGAGGAAGAAGACUUCAAUCCCUGGGCGGACCUAGACGACUCGACGACCGACUGGGAGCGAGCGCAAGCCAAGUCUAGCACCACUAGGUCUGACCAAGCCUCUGCUUCCUCUGCGCGAGAAGAGCCCUCUACUGGCAGUAAUCAGCUGUCAGGGGGGAUGAAGUUGUCCGAAGAGGAGAAGAUGUGGCUGGCGGCCGUGUCUGCUAAGCUGGACCGAGACGUGGGCCGUAAUGACAGUCGACCGCAGCGGCAGCGGGCUCCAGCGCAGACGCUCGAAUACUCGCCUACACCGCGGAUCGUCUACCCCUCCCCUCCUACCAGCGAGCCUAUACGCGAGGAGCCUAGAGUACGCAACACACCUCCUGCUACCCCACCUCUUGCGCAAUCUUCGCGUCUGACACACCUCGAUGCCUCGACGCAUCAGCCCUCGAUGGUCAAUAUCUCCUCCAAGCCCAGCACACUGCGCACCGCCACUGCAGUGGGGAAAGUCUUUCUUCCCUGGUCCUGUCUGGAUCUCCUCUCCACCAGUACCACCAGUGGGGGCAGCGUCUCUGACGGGGAGGGUAUAGGAGAGGUCGACUCCCCCGCUGGCAAAGGUCCCGUCUUCACGACUGCGCGUCUGGCUGGCGUGAUGGCCGCCAAGCGCACAGCGGAAUGGGUGCCAUUGUGUCACUCUGUCCCCCUUGAUGGUUGCGAGAUCCUAUUCGACCUCGUCAUUCCUCCUCCCGUUGGCGUCACCACCACCUCCUCCUCCUCCAGUACCUCGUCGGCAGCUGCAUCCAUGCCUUAUAUUUCCAUUCGCGCAACAACCACUACUCGCUCCGCCACGGGCGUAGAGAUGGAGGCCCUGGUCGCGGUGCAGGCUGCAGCGACGACGGUUUGGGAUAUGCUCAAGAGUGUGGCGGGUAAGGAGAUGCGGGUGGGGGAUGUGAUGGUUGUUCAGAAGAGUGGGGGAAAGAGUGGAGAUUGGAUUAGGGAAGAGGAGUGA